AUGGCUUCUUCUUCACAUUAUCAUUAUAACCAAAAUGACGAUGAUGAUGAUCCAUUUGAAAAUAUUUUUGAAGAUUUCUUAGAAAUCCCAGAUAUUCUUCCCAAACCGAGAGAGCGAAAAACACGUAUCUUUAUUGAGAGAAACCGGGAAGAAGGCCAGGACCACCUUUGGAAUGAUUAUUUCAGCGAGACUCCCACAUUCCCGCACAAUAUUUUUCGGAGACGGUUUCGAAUGAACAAGACAUUGUUCUUGCGUAUUGUGCAUCGUCUCGAGCAAGAAGUGGAUUAUUUUAGACCUUCACAAGAUGCAACCGGUCGGUCUAGCCUAACCGCCCUCCAAAAAUGUACCGCAGCUAUUCGUCAGUUGGCGUAUGGUGGUGGGGCUGACACCGUUGACGAAUAUGUCCGACUAGGUGAAACCACAGCUAGAAAAUGUUUGCACCAAUUUACCAACGCAAUCAUCCACUUAUUUGGUGAUGAAUACCUUAGAUCUCCUACUCCGGAGGAUCUGCAAAGACUACUUUAUAUCGGGGAACAACGUGGAUUUCCGGGAAUGGUUGGAAGCAUCGACUGUAUGCAUUGGGAGUGGAAGAAUUGCCCUGCUGCUUGGAAAGGAAUGUAUUCACGAGGAACCGGAAAACCGACAAUUGUGCUGGAGGCGGUUGCUGACUACGACCUUUGGAUAUGGCACGCGUUUUUUGGAGCACCAGGUACCAUGAACGAUCUUAAUAUUCUUGAUCGAUCACCUGUUUUUGAUGACGUUAUUAACGGAAUAGCACCACAAGUCAACUUCUAUGUUAAUGGUCAUCCAUACCAUUUGGCCUAUUAUCUCACUGAUGGGAUUUAUCCUGACUGGGCGACUUUUAUUCAAUCUAUCCGUCUACCACAAAGUGAGAAACAUUCGUUAUUUGCUAAAACCCAAGAAGCUGUUAGGAAAGAUGUGGAACGUGCCUUUGGAGUCCUGCAAGCUAGAUUUGCAGUCGUCAGAAAUCCAUCUAAUUUAUGGGAUAAACACAAAAUAGGAAAUAUUAUGAGAGCAUGUAUCAUCCUCCAUAAUAUGAUUGUCGAGGAUGAACGGGCAGAAAUGACACAAUAUGUGGUUCCUGGAUAUGAAGAAAGUGAAGAGGAAAGAUUUUCCGUCAAUAUGCCUUCGCCACUCGGUAAUACAAUGGAUCGUCGAACAAACGUUCGCAAUAGACAAGCCCAUCAUAAUUUAAAAAAUGAUUUGAUUGAAAAUAUUUGGACUAAAUUUGGGCAUCUUCCAAAUAAUAUGUAA